AUGUCGUUAUCUACUCAAAGCGAUCCGAUGUGUUCAAUUUGUUUAAAUCCAAUGUUGAACGGCGAAGCUCUAUUUACAUCGGUAUGCAACCACCAGUUUCACUUUGAUUGCAUAACAAAAUCAGUUCAAUCAAAUAACAAUGAAUGCCCGUUAUGUCGAUUAACAAUGGAUUCAUUAAUUAAUGUUGUGAAGCAACCCUCUCCAUCGCAGAUACUACAAGUACCAGCACUACCGCCGCCACCAGUAAUCGUGGAAGUUGAGAUACCGGCCGAGGAUGUUGUUAACGAAGCCCAAAUUCGUACGGUGUCUGAGAUACAAGCCUCUCGACUUUCUUCAUCUCCCAAGCCAAUCGAAACAAAAACAGCGCUAGAAGUUGGUGGUGUCGUUUCAGACGAAGAAAAAGACAUUUAUGGCCUCCUGACAUUAUUCGCUCCGACAUCAUCCGAUAACGAAAACAUUGACUCACGUGUACCACUAGACUUGGUGUGCAUCGUUGAUCACAGUGGUUCAAUGCGUGGAUAUAAAAUUCAACUUGUGAAACAAACAUUGAGUUAUAUUGUCACUCAACUAGGAUCGACUGAUCGUUUUGCCAUAGUUUCAUUUAAUGAUUCUUCCUAUCCUAUCAGUGGUUUAACGAUGAUGAAUGAACAUGGUAAACAGGCGAUAGAAAAUCGAAUUCAAACACACGAAAAAUUAAAUGCGAAUGGAAGUACAUCAAUUGGUCGUGGUCUCAAAAUGGGCAUUGACAUACUCAACAAACGAAAUACAAAAAAUUCAUUAUCAUCUAUACUACUACUAACUGAUGGGCAAGAUGUUGAAUUGACAUCGUAUUCAGAUAUCAUGCAAAAUAUUCCAGAAUCAACAACGUGUCACACUUACGGUUUUGGCAGUGACCAUAAAGUUAGUGUUCUCUCACAAAUAGCCGAAAUUGGAUCAGGUACAUUUACAUAUAUUGAUGAAUUGAAAUCGGUCGGUGAUUCAUUUUCGCAUACACUUGGUAGUCUUUUCUCGUGUAUUGCGCAGAAUAUUGAAGUGAAAAUUGAACUAAAAGACGAUUAUACUAUUGCUAACGUUCACUCAACAUUUGCUCAUUCAACUGUACCAAAUUCGACUGUUACCAUAAAAAUACACGACUUGAACGAAGACGAAAAACGAAAUCUCGUAUUUGAGAUUCAUGUUCCAGCAGUUGACGGCAAAGAUGAGCAAGAAUGUUGUCAAAUAAGUACGGCAUCAGUAAAAUACAUUGAUCCAUCGAGUCAACAAAUGUUUUCAUCUGAAUCAACAGCGAUCACACUUGUUCGCUCAAAGGCAAUUACCGAUUUGAAACUUCUUGAAGUUAACUAUGAUUUGGAUGUUCAACGAAAUCGUGUGGAUGCGGCAAAAGGAAUGAAAGUAGCUGUUGUGUUUGCACAACAGCGUGACAUGAAUCAAGCUAAAGCCGUUUUACAAGCGAUCAUUAAAAAGAUAACAGCGUCAAUAUCGUCACAAGAUAAUCUGUGUAAAAGUCUAGUGGAAGAUCUGAAUAAGAGUAUUGAAAAAUUCGAGCAUGAUGAACAACAGUUCACCUGCUACAUGACAAAUAUGAGCAUGCAGCAUCAUUCAGAAAGGGGAACAUAUACGACACCUCACUUCACCAGUUCAGAUGGAUAUACUACACAAAGUAAUCGAGUACAACGAUCAAACUUUGUAUAUUUUUCGGAUCAGCCAUAG